UCCACGACCCUAAAACCCUAAAUCUCCGAUCCGCCAUGAGAGGAGCUCUCUUCAAAAAUGUAUCUCGCUGCGCUCGCAGACUUCUCCUUUCUCCUCGGAUUACCCAUCGAAGCUGCUCUGCCAAUGUUCCCUUUUGCGCUCCGAUCGCCGCACCGUUUCCUCUCAAACCCAGAUUAUUCUCAUCGGAAUCCGGUGAGAACCCGACUACUGCUCCCGAGUCUUCGCCGACUGAAUCAUCCGAAAAGAAAGAGCUCGCUGUAGAGGAUGUAAGCAACAAAGAGCUAAAAUCCCGUCUAGAGAAGUAUUUCAAUGAGGGUAAUGAAGACGCUUUGCCCGGAAUUAUUGAAGCACUUCUGAAGAGAAGACUUGUAGACAAACACGAGGAGACAGAUGAUGAAUUGAUGGAUUCACUUGAGAGUCAGCCUUUCAAAGAUGAUGUGAAGGAUGAAGACUUUGAAUCUGAUUUCGAGGAUGCCCACUCUACUGACGAAGAACUUGAGGAUCUGUACAACACUCCGGAGCAUGUAAAGAAAAAGAUGAGCAAGAAUGAGUUUUUCAACAUGGACGAUCAGAAGUGGGAUGGCAUUGUUAAAGAAGGCAUUCAACAUGGGAUUCUGAAGGAUACUAAGGAAUGCGAAGAGAUUCUUGAGGAUAUGCUCCACUGGGACAAGCUUCUUCCUGAUGACUUGAAGAAAAAAGUUGAAGCAAAGUUUAAUGAGCUCGGGGAUAUGUGUGAAAGUGGAGAAAUUGAGCCCGAAGCAGCUUAUGAGCUUUUCAAGGAAUUCGAAGAUGAGAUGGUAAUCCAAUAUGGAGAUCAAAUGGAAGCUGAUGGACCUCUCCAGUUUGAUGAAACGGAUGCGUCUGACAGGAAUACCAAUUUGGAUGACCCUCCCGGUAAAGGCCCAAUCCUUAAGUGGCAAUCGAGGAUAGUUUUUGCUCCUGGUGGCGAUGCUUGGCAUCCAAAGAACAGGAAAGUUAAAUUGUCUGUUACAGUUAAAGAGCUGGGGCUCUCAAAGCAUCAAGCUAGGAGGCUACGGGAACUUGUGGGAAAAAGAUACGAUUCAGGGAAAGACGAGCUUAUGAUCACCAGCGAGAGGUUUGAACACCGAGAGGAAAACAGGAAAGACUGCUUAAGGACGCUCUACGGGCUGAUAGAGGAAGCUGCGAAGGCCAACAAGAUUGCUGAGGACAUAAGAACUUCGUAUGUGAAACAAAGACUACAAGCCAAUCCAGCUUUUAUGCAGAAACUACAAGCCAAGAUCAUAAGGUCUAAAGAAUCAAAUCCCAUCAACGUAUGAAGAAAAUUUUCCUGGUUCGAGACUUUGGUCUUGUUUCACCAAAGAUUUCAUUUGAUCGUCUUUUUCUGGCCAUCAAUUGAUCCGGUACGGAUCUUGGAUCCAUAAAUAAUUGAUGUUAAAUCCAUAUUUUGCUUCUUCUCGUCUCUCAUGAAGAAUUGUUUGGGUUCUUAAUUAGAUGCAAUUUUUAGUUUGGGAAAACAAAUUUUUGUCUUCAGUUCCGUUUUUUUUUUUUGCCGGUUUGGUUCGGAUUCGAUUUUGGUACCUUUUUGCCAUUUAAAA